AAGCUAUAAUUUGUUUUGUUUUUUACAGUGUGGUUUAAUAAGAGAUUUAAUUUACCUCAAAUGGCAUUUCUCCAUUAUGCUUGAGAGCAAUGGAUAAUGCUCCGUAGCUCUGAGGGUUUGAUUGUGUGUGUGUGUUUUCCUCCCAUAGGCGAUUAUUUCCAGUCAGAGAAGGAAGCCAGUGCCUGGCCUUCUUAACCAGCUUUCUACCUGCCAUGAUCAAGUGCUUGUCAGUUGAAGUACAAGCCAGAUUGCGUUCUGGUUUGGCUAUAUGCUCCUUAGGCCAGUGUGUUGAGGAACUUGCCCUCAAUAGCAUUGAUGCUGAAGCAAAAUGUGUGGCUGUCAGGGUGAAUAUGGAGACUUUCCAAGUUCAAGUGAUAGACAAUGGAUUUGGGAUGGGGAGGGAUGAUAUAGACAAGGUGGGAAAUCGUUAUUUCACUAGUAAAUGCAACUCGCUACAGGACUUGGAGAAUCCCAGGUUUUAUGGUUUCCGAGGGGAGGCCUUGGCAAGUAUAGCUGACAUGGCCAGUGCUGUGGAAAUUUCAUCCAAGAAAAACAAGACAAUGAAAACUUUUGUGAAACUGUUUCAGAAUGGAAAAGCCCUGAAAACUUGUGAAGCUGACCUGACUAGACCAAGUGCCGGGACAACAGUAACAGUAUAUAAUCUAUUUUACCAGUUACCUGUAAGGAGGAAAUGCAUGGAUCCUAGACUGGAGUUUGAGAAGGUCAGGCAGAGGAUAGAAGCUCUUUCGCUCAUGCACCCUUCCAUUUCUUUCUCUUUGAGGAAUGAUGUUUCUGGUUCCAUGGUUCUUCAACUUCCUAAAACCAAAGACAUAUGUUCCCGAUUUUGUCAAAUUUAUGGACUGGGUAAGUCCCAAAAAUUAAGAGAAAUAAAAUUUAAAUACAAGGAGUUUGAGCUCAGCGGCUAUAUCAGCUCUGAAGCACAUUACAAUAAGAAUAUGCAAUUUUUGUUUGUGAACAAAAGACUGGUUUUAAGGACAAAGUUGCAUAAAUUCAUUGACUUUUUAUUGAGGAAAGAAAGUAUUAUAUGCAAGCCAAAGAAUGGUUCUGCCACUAGACAAAUGAAUUCAAGUCCUCGGCAUCGGUCUAACCCAGAACUCCAUGGGAUAUAUGUAAUCAAUGUGCAGUGUCAGUUCUGUGAAUAUGAUGUGUGCCUGGAGCCAGCAAAAACGCUGAUUGAAUUUCAGAACUGGGAUACUAUUUUGGUUUGCAUUCAGGAAGGAGUGAAAAUGUUUUUAAAGAAAGAAAAACUAUUUGUGGAAUUAUCAGGUGAGGACAUUAAAGAAUUUAGUGAAGAUAAUGAUUUUAGUUUAUUUAGUGCUACUCUUCAGAAGCACGUGUCUUCUGAUGAGAAGGGUGACCAGGUCAGUUUCCAAGAAGCAUGUAAUAGUAUUUUGGAUUCCUAUGAAAUGUUGAAUUUUCAAUCAAAAGCUGUGAAAAGAAAAGCUACUGUAGAAAACAGAAGAAACACACAGAAUUCUAGAGAUUCAGAAGCUACCAGAAAAAACACAAAUGAUUCAUUCUUGUACAUUUGUGAAUCAGAUGGCCCAGGCCAUGGUAAAGUGACAGAGUCAUCUUUACAAAACAAAGAUAGCUCUUGCUCAGAAUCAAGGAUCUUGCAACAACAGACAGCUGAAGCAUCAGAAUGGGGAGAAAAUGGGAAACAUAAAAAACUUUGCUUAGAACGUAACUCUUCAGAAAGUCCAUGUGGAACCAGUUCAGAAAUGUUUGUAAACCCUUUUCAGACAUCAUACUGCUUUGAGAAGAAUAGAGAAGAUCUAGAAAUACAGAAAGCAAGUGCUAUUGUUAAUGGCAUGGCUGCCAGUAUCCUGAAAAAUAAUGGAGUUCAGAAUCAAUUAGAGAGAUUUAAAGACGCUACCAAAAUGGGAUCCCAACCUCUGCCUUUUGAGACAACGUUAUUGAGAGUACGUGGUGCUCAGAGAGAGGAAGAGAAAGAAAAACAACCUAGUAAUUGUGGAAGAGUAAACAUUUUUAGUUAUGGACAAGUUAAAUUAUGCUCCACUGGCUUUAUAACUCAUGUGGUACAAAAUGAGCAAACUAAAUCAACUGAAAGAGAACAUUUACUUAAAAACUGUAUUCAACCUGGUCCCGUGAGUGCCAGAGAAACAUUUGUAAACAGAGCAUGCCAUUCAGCUGAGACUCCAAACAUCGAAGAUCCAACCAGCACUUUAAGUAGAGACUUUGCUCAACUGUCUGACAAGAAAUUGCGCAGAACAAAUACAAGUUAUGGGCUAGAGAACAAACCUAUAGCAACUUGUGAAAACAUUGCUGUUUCUCAGGAAGGUACUAAAGAAUCACACAUGGAUUGCUUAUUACUUGACACAUCCUCUUCCCCUUGGUGUAGAUAUGUUUCAAAUGGCAGUAAGAAAAUAGAUAAAUUGAUUGGUUUCUCCAAACCCAUAACCCGUAAGAAGCUAAGCUUAAGGUCACAACUGGGAUCUUUAGAGAAGUUUAAGAGGCAAUAUGGGAAGGUUAAAAGUCCUCUGAAUACAGAGGUGGAAGAAAAUAAUAAUUCUGAAAUCUCUACCAAUCUCGGUCCUCAAGUUGAAUCUGACAUUCCGUGGAAAGAGAAGAAUCACUUAGACAACUCAGGCAUUUGUAAAAUCACUGCUAUGAAACAUAAUGAUUCAAAUAAUAAUUGUCUGCCAGUAAGUCACAUCUUUUACUCAAAGAAGUUUCCAUUCUCUAGUGAAGAAGAUUGUUUGGAACAACAGACUCCUUGCUUAAGAGAAAGUCCUGUAACUCUAAAGGAAUUAUCUGAUUUUAACAGAAAACCUUUGGAUGCCAAGCAGUCUCCCAAAUCUUUAGCCUCUAAAUUAUCCAGAAUGAAAGGUUCUGAAAGAGAGACUCAAGCAUUGGAAAUGAUGAGUCAUUUUAAUGAACUUCCACAAUCAGAUUCUAGUAGGAAAGACCAUGACUUGUGCAGUGGGUUAAUCCUGGAUUCUUGCAAGUUAUUUAAAAAUGAGUAUAAAAAAACAGACAGUGGCAUCAUUCCAGAGUUGGACUCUGUCACACAGGAUAAUCCCUUCAAUAAAGAUAGUAAAACAUACUCUAACAACAACACAACAGGGAACUCCGUGAUACCAGAAACUCCUUUGGUAUUACCCCAUAGUCAUUCUAAAGUCAUCAGUGAAGAUACGGAUGUUCUUAUAGCUUCAGACCCACAGACAGGAAGUCCUGACUCUCCCAGUAAAAUGUUAAUGAGUCACAUAGAAGAUGGCACAGCUGACAGAAAAGGAACUGGUUUUCAGAGUGAAGAAUCUAUAGCAAGAACUUGUUCUGAAAAUGAAGAGUCAAACACAUGUUCUUUGGAUUGGCAGCAGCAUUUUGAUGUAGCCCUGGGAAGAAUGGUUUACAUCAACAAAAUAACUGGACUGAGUACAUUCAUUGCUCCUACUGAGGAUGUUCAGACUGCUUGUACUAAAGACCUGACAACUGUAGCUGUGGAUGUCCUCCUUGAGAAUGGAUCUCAGUACAAGUGUCAUCCUUUUAGAAGCGACCUUGUUCUUCCCUUCCUUCCUAGAGCUCGGGAAGAGAGGACUGUGAUGAGACAGAAUAACAGAGAUGCUGUGGAUGAUACUGUUGGUAGAGAAUCACUUCAGUCUUUGUUCUCAGAGUGGGAAAAUCCAGUAUUUGCCCGUUAUCCAGAGGUUGCUGUUGAUGUAAGCAGUGGCCAGGCCAAAAGCCUUGCGGUUAAAAUUCACAAUGUCUUAUAUCCUUAUCGUUUCACCAAAGAAAUGAUUCAUUCAAUGCAGGUUCUGCAGCAAGUGGAUAACAAGUUUAUUGCCUGUUUAAUGAGCACCAAGACUGAAGAGAAUGGUGAGGCAGAUUCCUAUGAGAAGCAACAGCCCCAAGGCUCUGGUCGGAAAAAAUUACUGUCUUCCAUUGUAAGCCCUCCACUAGAGAUAACAGUGACAGAAGAACAAAGCAGACUCUUACGGUGCUACCACAAAAAUCUGGAAGAUCUGGGCCUUGAAAUUAUAUUUCCAGACAAUAGUGAUUCUCUGGUCCUUGUAGGAAAAGUACCACUCUGUUUUGUACAAAGAGAAGCCAAUGAACUUCGAAGAGGAAGAUCUCCUGUGACCAAGAGUAUUGUGGAGGAAUUUAUUCGAGAACAAGUGGAGCUACUCCAGACCACAGGAGGCAUCCAAGGGACUUUGCCACUGACUGUCCAGAAGGUGUUGGCAUCCCAAGCUUGCCACGGGGCCAUCAAGUUUAAUGAUGGCCUGAGCCCGGAGGAGAGCUAUCGCCUUAUUGAAGCCCUGUCGUGGUGCCAGCUGCCAUUCCAGUGUGCUCACGGGAGACCUUCUAUGCUGCCGCUGGCUGACAUAGACCACUUGGAGCAGGAAAAGCAGAUUAAACCCAAUCUUGCUAAACUUCGCAAAAUGGCCCAGGCCUGGCAUCUCUUUGGAAAAGCGGAAAGAUGUGAAACAGGGCAAAGCCAGAGGGCAUCCAUGCCUCCUUGUGAGCCACCGUGAGAACAGAAUUAUUGAUCUGUAAGGAGCCAAAGGGAUGCUAACUGCCUCUGAGCAGAUAGCAUGGGCUGUAGGUACCAGCAGAGUCUGAGGCCACCAGUGUCUCCAAGCAACGUGAUCAGUCAGUCUUGAGCAGAUGAUCCCUCCAAACUAAAGACAGUUCAUUCAUCUGCAGCUGUGGACUCAGGAGGUUGCCCUAUGAUAUCUACUUUUUAUAACUUAUAUAAAGAUAAAAUUUAAUGACUAAUUGA